AACUAAAAUUGACAAUUUGCCAUUCGCUAAAUUCCGAUGGUGAAGAAAUUCUAGAAAAAUCUUCACACUUAUAGAAAAGAAGACUUGAAAUUGAUAGAACAUUCGUCAAAGUGCAUUACUGGAGGCUUCGUGUGUCUUGUGAAUCGAGAGCAGUUCCAUUCAUUAAUUUUUUAAUUUACCGAAUUGUACUCACUGGGAAAAGGCGCUCAUUUUAUUAUACCUGCAGUUUACAGUUUGAGUGUAUAACAGGCGAGAUCACCUUUUUUUCGUCUUUUUCUACACUUAACCUAAAAACACAAUGGCCAAAUGGGGCGAGGGUGACCCACGAUGGAUUGUGGAAGAACGACCAGACGCAACAAAUGUCAACAACUGGCACUGGACGGAAAAAAAUGCCGGUCCUUGGUCAGUGGAACGCAUAAAAGAGUUAUUUAAAGGUGUGCCAGUAAAAACUGACUUAGCAGACAUUCAGUUCACAGAGAUAGAUAAAUGUGAAGGGGAGGCUUCUGCUAAUAAUAGGAAAGGCAAGCUCAUAUUUUUUUACGAGUGGGAUUUGAGCAUUAAGUGGACUGGAAAGUUGAAAAAUGGGAGCAAAAGCUACUCAGGCAAGGUGAAAAUACCCAACCUUUCCGAGGAAAAUGAUGUCUCAGAGCUGGAUAUCAAGGUUUCUGUGAAAGAUUCGGACGAGGAGGGCGACAAGCUGAAGGAAAUUAUGUUGAAAUCCUGCAAAGAUGUCGUCCGACACCAACUCACCAAAUACAUUUCGAGUUUAAAAGAAGAAUUUUCCAAAGGCAUGAUUUUGCCGAAAAAAGAUGAGGUCAAACCAGACGCGGUCAAAAAUCUUUCGAGUGGUUUUAACAAAAAAAUCAGCAUGACACCAGUCGUCAGCGAAAAUAACAAACAAAUCGGACUUAAACUAGACGUAACAACGAUAAACAUAACUCAACAGUUUCAAUGUCGGGCGCAAGAAUUUUACGAUGCUUUGACAAAAAUCGAAAUGGUGACGGCGUUUACCAGGGCACAUGUAAAAAUGGAUGCUUCUAAAGGCGGUAAAUUCGAAUUAUUCAACGGAAAUAUUGUUGGGCAGUUUGAUGAGUUGGUACCAGGGAAAAAAAUCGUGCAACAGUGGAGGUAUAAACAGUGGCCUGAGGGCCACUAUUCAACUGUAACUUUCAAUAUUAAUGAAAAGAGUGAUCACACUGAAGUCAAUGUGGUACAAUCAGGCGUACCAACAGGUGAAGCAGAAGUUACUAAGGAAAACUGGCAGAGGUACUACUGGGACUCCAUGAAGCGGGCGUUUGGUUUUGGAGCAUUCAUUGUUUAAUGUUAAUUGUACAUUAUUAGAACCAAUUAUUUUUAUAGUUACGAACCAGCCACUUUUUACAGCAUAGUGUAUACUUAAUUUAUUUGAAAAGCUUCAACAUUUUGUUACAACAUAUUUGUAAAAUUACUGUGAGGACGAAUAAAAUUUGAACACCA